UCUUUAGCGCCAGUACAAAUUUUUCAGGAUGAAGCAACAGAAGAGCGUGCUGAGAACGCGCGCUUGUCUUCUUUUAUUGGAGCGAUUGCCGUUGGUGAUCUGGUAAAGAGUACAUUGGGACCUAAAGGAAUGGAUAAGAUCCUGCAAUCGAUUUCUAAAGGCGACAUAAUGGUAACGAAUGAUGGUGCUACAAUCCUUAAGAAUAUUGCCCUAGAUAACGCUGCUGCUAAGGUUUUAGUUAAUAUAUCUAAAGUACAAGACGAUGAAGUUGGUGAUGGGACAACAUCUGUUUGCGUACUUGCAGCGGAAUUAUUGCGAGAAGCCGAAAAGCUCGUGAAUCAAAAAAUUCAUCCCCAGACUAUUAUUGAGGGUUAUCGUGCUGCUAGUGCUGCAGCGUUUAAAGCUUUAGAAAGCUCCGCUGUUGAUAAUGGAUCUAAACCGGAAGCUUUUCGCAAGGAUUUAAUAAAUAUUGCUCGAACAACUUUAAGUUCUAAAGUUUUAUCACAAGAUAAAGAUUAUUUCGCUAAUCUUGCUGUUGACGCUGUUCUAAGACUUAAGGGAAGUACAGAUCUUGAGCACAUUCAAAUAAUUAAAAAAGUCGGCAGUAGACUUAUUGAUUCCUAUCUCGAUGAAGGAUUUAUUUUGGAUAAAAAGAUUGGUGUAAAUCAACCAAAGAGGAUCGAAAAUGUCAAAAUUUUGGUUGCAAAUACACCAAUGGAUACAGAUAAAAUCAAAAUCUUUGGAGCACGUGUUCGUGUUGAUGCUACUGGAAAAUUAGCAGAAUUGGAAAGAGCCGAACGUGACAAAAUGAAGGAAAAGGUUGAAAAGAUCAAGGCACAUGGCAUAAAUUGCUUUGUCAAUCGUCAACUGAUCUAUAACUGGCCCGAACAACUUUUUGCUGAUUCUGGUAUCAUGUCAAUUGAACAUGCGGAUUUUGACGGUGUUGAACGGUUAGCUUUAGUUACCGGUGGUGAAAUUGCUUCAACAUUUGACCAUCCUGAGCUUGUAAAACUUGGACAUUGCGACCUUAUUGAAGAGAUCAUAAUUGGCGAAGACAAGUUAAUUAAAUUCUCCGGGGUAGCCGCUGGUGAAGCUUGCACAAUUGUAUUGCGUGGUGCUACAAAUCAGUUGUUAGAUGAAGCUGAACGUUCACUGCAUGAUGCAUUAAGUGUGUUAACUCAAACAGUAAAGGAAACACGUACAGUGCUUGGCGGAGGUUGUUCAGAAAUGCUAAUGUCCAAAGCAGUUGAUGAAAUAGCAGCGACUACUGCUGGCAAAAAAGCUAUUGCAAUUGAAUCUUUUGCAAAGGCUCUUAGACAAAUUCCUACUAUUUUAGCUGAUAACGCUGGUUAUGACAGUGCGGAUUUAGUCUCCAGGUUACGUGCUGCUCAUUAUGAAGGAAAAUCAACAUAUGGUUUAGAUAUGAUCAAUAACAAUAUUGGAGAUAUGCGUGAAAUUGGUGUCACAGAAUCAUUUAAACUUAAACAACAAGUUUUAAUUAGUGCAUCAGAAGCUGCAGAAAUGAUAUUACGUGUUGAUGAUAUUAUUCGUUGUGCACCAAG